CAGGUGAACAACGAAAACAUAAUAUUUUUGUAAAAUUGAUUGUAGUAGUCAUGAGCAGCCGCAAUCCUAAUACUUUAAUGAGUGUUCCAGACGAGCAAUUCGAUUAUCUAUUCAAAAUAGUACUCAUUGGUGACUGUGGUACAGGAAAAACAUGUAUUGUGCAACGAUUGAAAUCCGGUAACUUCAUAGAAAGACACGGCAAUACGAUAGGCGUAGACUUUUCAAUGAAAACUCUAAUAGUAGACGGGAAGAAGGUCAAGCUUCAGAUAUGGGAUACUGCUGGGCAGGAAAGAUUCAGGACAAUAACACAAAGUUAUUAUCGGUCGGCGAACGGCGUAAUUAUAGUGUAUGACAUAACAAAAAGGUCCACAUUUCUCUCCCUACAAAAAUGGAUAGAAGAAGUGAGACGUUACACUUCAUCCAAUGUUAUAGUAUCCUUAAUAGGAAACAAGUGUGACCUCACAGAUCAACGGGAGGUGGAACCUGAUGAACCUAAGUCAUUUUGUCGUUAUGUCCCUGAGAUUAUGUUUGUGAUGGAGACAUCUGCUAAGGAUAAUACAAAUGUUGAGGAUACAUUCCGUAGUUUGGCAACAGAGUUGAAGAGACAACAUGACAACAGUGAAGGCCCCCCUGCAGAAUCAGACUCAGUAGUGCUUGGAGACAGCCAUUCCGUAACUAGGUGUCAGCCAUGUAGGUCCUCUUAGGUAAAUCCUAGUACCAUAGACAAUCUGCCAUUUUUUACUUGUAAUUUUAGUGGCCUGGAUGAUAACCAAAUAUUUUUUUAUGUCACAAUUUAAUUGCUAUAAACGCUUUGUAAAUAUUAAUAUUAUCAUUGAAACAUCAUAAAUUAUUGGUAAUACUGUACAGUCAGAUGAAAUUUAAAACAUAUGCUCCACUAUAGUAUAUUAACCUAUUUUUUUGUGUUAGCAUUGCACAGAGUUUAUCCUUUAUCUGCCCCUUAAACUUUUAACAUAAUAAGGCGGCUUGUACUUAAUACCCUAGCUCUAAAUUGAGAGUUUGGAAUAAUUAGCAGAGCUAGUUGCCGAAGUGUUUACAUCAUAAGUUAAUUUGGAAGAUGUUAAACAUAUCUAUACCACUAAAGUCGAUUCUCGCGCUACAACACAUAAAAAACAGCCCUUCAAAAUUUGCUCGCUUCUUGCACAAGACGAGAGAAGAAGACAGCAACUGCUAUAUAUUACAAGACUUCGAACAAAUCUUGUCUGCAGAAGACCACAUCCCUGCGAUGUAGAAAUCUAUUCUUUAUGGUGUGGGUUUUAUGUUGCGAAACCUGCUAAAGCCAGGAGGUUGAUAUGAAUACAAGAAACUGUAAAUGUUGAAGAAAAAAAAAAAAUUAAAACCUAACACCUGGCCUCCUAAAGUCCCAACUAUAGUCAAAAUAUGCCAACCUUGCCACAAAUAGCUCUCUCGACUAACAAUUGGAUCCACUUUAAUAUCACGUUUCUAGGGCCAAUAUGAAGACAAUAGUAAUAAUUCGGAUGUACACAAAAUAAACAAAAAAAUUGCAUUUCUAAAAAUAAUACUAUUCAAUUCUACAUAAUAUUAUAUAUGGUAUAUAAGGAUACAAAAAUACUCUUAGAUGUUGAUCUAAAUAUGCAAUUAAGUUUCGAGAUAUAUGUAAAAUUCUGAAAAGUAUACUUAGCUAUAUUUUAAAAUAUCAGUAUCCAUUUUCAGUUUAUAUGUUCAUCAUAAAUUAGAACCAUUGAUAUACUAAAUAAAGUUUAGUUUUACACAAAUACUUAUACUACUAAAACGAAAUGGUGUAUAUGUAUCAAUGGCGCUAUCUUUAUCACAUUUUUUAUAUAUUGAAAAGGAUGUUCCUAGGAGCUUUAAAUUGAGUUUAUCAUUUGUGCAAAAUCAAGUUAACAUAAUACCUACUGUUACGUAUUGUACAGCUAUUACCACUAAUAUAAUACAAAUGUCACAAAUCACUAACUAGUAAUUUUAUGAUAGAUUUUAUUACAUAUAUGUACCUAUUGAGGUGCUAAAAUCACAUUCUUACGUGAAUUUACUACUUAUGUAUAAUUUAUUUUUAGAUUCUUUAAAUGAU